AUAAUUUUAAUGUCUUAUUAACCGAAGGGAUUCAAUGCAAUAAAAUUAUAGUAGAUAAAUCAGACCAUUUUUAAGACACGUAAAAGUUAAGAACAUCCUUGUGACAUUUCUUCUGAAUAUCAAUCUAGAAACAAUUCUAUAAAACAUUCUAGAGCUAUUACAUAACAUAAUUAAAGAAUAAUAAAUGAAGAUGAAACAUUUAAACUCAUGAGACCUUAAACAUCUGAAGGAAGUAGAAGAAAUAGAAUUACUGACAAUUAAACUUAAAUUGGAGGAAAUCUUAAUUCAAACAUAAAGUGUGAUAUACUUGAAUGUGAAAAUGAAGAUGAUAAUUAGUAUUCAAUCAUUCAUUUAUUAUAGGGAAUAUCAAAUAUAAUAAAAUUAUCAUAUCAUUUGCAAUCCCAACAAUACAUCUAGAAAUACAUAAACAAAAGUUUAAUUUUAGACUACUCUCGAUCGAGAUUUUCUAAGUUUGUUUGCUAAUGAUUGA